AUGAGCGCGCGGUUGCUGUGGCUGGUGCUGACUUGCGCGACGGCGGUGCAUGCGGCGCGCAUACUAGCCGUCCUACCGACCAACACCAAGAGCCACUACGCAAUGUACGGCAGAAUCUUAGAUGCACUUGCCAGGAAGAAUCACUAUUUGACCGUCAUUACUCAUUUUCCUAUGAAAACCCCACCGUCCAACGUAGAAGAGAUCAGUCUAGCUGGUACUAUACCGGAAAUAACCAAUAAUCUCACUAAGCAAAAUAAUUCCUUAAAGCCAAAUGCCAUUCAAAAUUUAGAACAAAUCAUGAAAGAAUGUGUUCACGCUUGUGAAAUUGUGUCACAAAAUCCAGAAGUGAAGGCCCUAGUAAAUUCCACAAGAACCUUUGAUUUAGUUAUUGUAGAGGUAUUUGGCAGUGAAUGCUUCCUUCCAUUUGGAAAUCGAUUUAAAGCUCCUGUAGUUGGACUGUUGUCAAGUGUGCCUUUACCAUGGGUCAAUGAACAACUUGGAAACCCAGAAGGACCAGCAUAUAUACCGGCCUACAUGAUGGGUUUUGGACAACGAAUGAAUUUGUGGGAGCGAUUUCUAAACACAAUAGCAGUUAUUUGGGCAAAAAUCUAUUAUAAGAACAAAUCACAGAUACCGUCACAGGUGAUUGCUGAUAAACUCUUUGGCCCUGGUCCUAAGUUGGAAACAUUAGCGCAAAACUAUAGUUUAGUUUUAGCUAACAGUCAUUACAGUAUUAACGAAGUACGGCCACUAGUUCCUACUUUAGUGGAGGUUGGCGGCUUACAUCUAGAUAACACACAAACAUUGCCAAAGGAUCUAAAACUCCUUCUAGACAAUGCUGACGAAGGCGUCAUUUAUUGGAGUUUUGGUUCUAUGUCACGUAUUGAAACUAUUCCCAAUGAGAAGCUGGCGCAGAUAUUCAGCGCGAUUUCCGAGUUGUCUCAAACUGUCCUCGUACGGAUGAACCGACGACUGCUUGCACGCAACCUUACCGUACCUGACAACGUUUACACCAUGGAUUGGAUACCUCAAUAUAAGACUCUAUGUCAUCCCAAUGUAAAGUUAUUUGUGUCACAUGGUGGGUUAUUGGGAACGCAAGAGACGGUAGCAUGUGGAGUCCCUACACUAGUGGUGCCACUGUAUGCUGAUCAGGCUUUAAACGGACGUGCUAUGAGCGACCGCGGCGUCGCGCGAGUUAUAUCUUUAAGACAUUCUACUUCUGAAACUUGGAAAGAAGCUUUUCACGACUUAUUGACAAAUCACAGGUACAAAGAACGCGCCCUUAAGUUGAGAGAUAUUUUCCUUGAUCGACCCAUGCCACCAUUGGAAACUGCGGUGUAUUGGAUAGAAUAUGUCUUAAGGCAUAAGGGAGCUAGCCACAUGCGAUCACCAGCUCUCGAAUUAAAUUAUACACAGUACCUACUACUAGAUGUGGGAGCACUUAGUAUUGUUAUAACCUCAUUGACAAUUUAUAUACUUCAUAAGUUAUUCAGACACUUAAGCACUCGAUGCAUUCGGUGGUGGCCUAAAGAAAUUCUCUUAGAAAAGAGGCUAUUCAGAAGAAAUAUUAGUCUUUUUCAUUGUUUCCUAUGGAUUUACAAAGUGAAAACAAAC